AUGCGGUUUACGCCCACCCUGGCUGCCGCAGCCGUCCUGGCUUCGACCGCCAAUGCCGCGUACAAAGGCUUCAACUACGGCUCCACCUUCGGCAACGGGCAGGGCAAGGUAUACGCCGACUUCAAGUAUGAGUUCGAGGCCGCAAAAGGCCUCCCCGGGACCAAUGGCCAAUUCACCAGCGCUCGGCUGUACACGAUGAUCCAGGCCGGCACGACCAGCACGCCCAUCUCCGCCAUCCAGGCCGCCAUCGACACGCAAACUAGUCUUCUCCUCGGAAUCUGGACUUCGGCAGGUCAGACGGUCGUUAGCAACGAGAUCGCCGCGCUCAAGGCGGCCGCCAGCCAGUAUGGAACCAGCUUCACCAAUCUGGUUGCCGGCAUCUCCGUGGGCAGCGAAGACCUGUACCGCAUUACCCCUACGGCCAUUGAGAAUGGAGAGACAAACCCUGGAGUGCAACCCAGCCAGCUAGUCAACUACAUCCAGCAGGUACGUGCCGCUAUUAAGGGUACCGGCCUCGCAGGAAAGCCUGUCGGACACGUCGAUACCUGGACCGCGUAUGUUAAUGGCAGCAACGCCGCCGUUAUUGAUAACCUCGACUUCCUCGGCGUCGACGCAUACCCCUACUGGCAGACGCAGAUGGCCAAUAGCAUUGGUAAUGCCAAUGCCACCUUCUACGAUGCCUAUAGACAGACCGUCGCUGUCUCCAAGAACAAGCCGGUGUGGGUGACGGAAACUGGCUGGCCUAUUUCUGGACCUCAGCAGAACCAAGCCGUUGCCAGCGCUAACAACGCCCGCAUCUACUGGGAAGACGUCACUUGCAGCCUGAUCCAAGGCAACAUCAACCUGUGGUACUACACUCUUCAGGAUGUUCAGUACAGCACCCCGAGCCCGAGCUUCGGCAUCAAGCCUGGUGGCGAUCUCAAGGCAGUGAACCCGUUGUUCGACCUGUCCUGCCCUACCGGCAGGAAAUCGUAUACGGCACAGAUCUCUCCGACACGUUCCACCUUGUUCAGAUUUGAAUCUUCGCCUCUGCAGCAAGGCAAAACUUGCAAUCUCGUUUUCCAUGUUCCGCCGCCAUUCGAUCCCCAAUUUGUUGCGCCUUACACUCAAAGGUCGCCCGGCGGUAUCAGCGUUUCUCGGCUCGAUCAGCCAGCCACAGAAAUGACAAGCUCGAGCACGGUCUCUGACGGUCAAUCGGUUGGCAGUGUUCCUUCGUUGCUGCCGGGUAACAGCUACACCGUCUCCAGUGGACCGUGUGAGGCAGGGAUAGCGGGUUAUCGGGUUGAUUCGGUUGGAGGCUACGACGCCGACUUCUUUCAAAUGACAGGUCCCCCGGCAAUUGGUCUUUUCGUGGAGUAUUCGUAA